CGUUUUAAAAGCCGAGACGGACCAGCUCAGACGGAAAACCCUGACAGACAGCAAGCCAAGCAGAACGUAGUCCCGCUACACCUCAUCUUCAUCAAUAUUAUUGUUUUGAUGACGUAACCCGAGACAAAAAGAGAUUAAAAAAAAUUCACCGACUCCAUUCACAGCGGGACACCUGGGAUGGAGUGACACGGCUUCCUCCGGGCGGACUUUAAACAUCUCCGGAGCCUUCUCACCGGCGCAUCCACGGUUUCUUUCGGCAGCUUUUAUUCCGUCUUAUGGCCACCUGUUACCGUCAGGUUCAGACCUGCAGACAGCCUCGCCGCGGAUCUUCAGAAAACCUCCACCAAGCUACAACUGAUAUGGCCAGAGCACAGACCAUACAGAGCGCUGGAGAAACCCCUGCUGGAGGAAACUCCUCUCUUCCGUGUCACAACACCUGCCGAGUGGAGCUGCCUUGCCCCCUCCACACCUGGCCUGGGAUGCUCAAUAGUACGACCACCACCCCCUCCUCCUCCGGGACCAGCACUGGUGCCAUACACAUCCACCACUAUCACCAUCACCACCAUCACCUGCAGCCCAUGCAGGCUCUCUAUGUGUCGUACCCGCUGUCGUACUCCCACCCAGACGACAACGACGACCCCCGAGUUCACCAGCGGUUACCCGCAGCAUCGCCUCCCAACCAGAGGGAUUUGAGGUGCAGAGGUGCACCUGCACCCGGUGACGUCUCAGGAGAGCGUUCAGACUCGAGCAGACAGGAGCUCCAGCAGCCCUCCAGCCAGCUGCGACCUCAGUCUAACAUGUUGCCCCGAAAUGAGCGGCCAUCCUGGGCUUCGCCUCGCCGCAGAGCUCCUGGGGGAGAAGCAGUGCAGGAGCAGGAGAUCAGGAGGGUGGCGAACCAGCUGAGGACAAUUGGAGAUGAGCUGAAUGUCACGCUCCUCCGCAGAGCGCACGGCGGCCCUCACUGGCACGACUUCAGAGACGUCUGCCGAGGCCUCCUCAGCUUCAUCACCCAGACUCUCAGCACUCUCUACAGGCUCACAUAGACUUGCUGUAGCGAACAAGACAACCCGGACUGGCCGCUGCUCUUCAUCGUCACUCACACCUGGAGGUGCGACUGAAAACAUCCGUUGAACAAAAGAGGCGUUGGGAAGAUGAAAGCGGCAGCUGGAUCGGGCUGCUUCCUGUGGAAACUGGACCCUGCCUGUCCGUCUGACUGCCUGUCAGUCAGCCCGUCAGCCCGUCUGCUGGUACGGACCGCUGCUGAUGGACUGACCUGUAUAUUUUGUAAAAUUGUUAUUAUUUUUUUUUCUCAAUGUCGUGUCUCGGGGCUCAGCUCUUUAUGUAGCAGGUGUGACUCAGCUCGUGUGAGUCGGAGUGGAUGUGUGUGUGCACACAUGGAAGAUGUGGGUCAAACAGAAGCUGUGAGGUCCUUAGAAAAGUUUAAAGCCACUAGAAGUGUAUGAGGUAUGUGAACCUCUGAGCCUUAGCCCUAAUUCUAACCCUGUGCUGUCAGAGUUUGGGAUUUGUGAUGCUCUUCCAGGGUUAAAGUACAGAAAUGAUAUUUAAAAUUAGGAUGGUAAAUCUUUUGAUUUUAAUAUCAGCUGGAGGAUGCAAAAUCAUUUCAGUUUCAAUAGACUGCAUCUCUCCAGCUCUUCCCUCUGAAUAUAUAAAAAAAUUGUGUUUUUCUGCUGUGGUGUUCAGCAUUACAGGACUGUCAGAGGCACGAUUUGACCCUCGUCUGAUGUGUGCGUGUUGCCGUUGUGUCUUUAUCGUGCAACCUGUGUCCCUCUUCUUAUAAACUGUGAAAACUGGGCGCUGUGGUUGCAUCGCAGGGAAAAACAAAACGGAGCGAAGCACAGACCGAAACCUUUCUCUCAAUCUGCUUCAUGUCAGUGUACAAUGUGCCUUUCUGCUUGGCGCUCUGUUGAGGUCUAAUCUCCAACACCAGGACAAUCAGCCC